GCCAUGUGUGAAGCAGGGAGAUCUCAGCCUCCAACCAAGCUGGCCAGGCUAUUUAAUCAAUGCUGAUCCAAGAACAGAGCCAGGACGUUGCCUAGCAGACCCCCAGGCUUCCAUCGGUGCCACUGACCCACAUGAGCCCGAUGCUGGAUGGCCAAGCCCCCACAGAGGCUCAGGAUGCAGAGGAGGGGCCGGGAUCUGCAGAGCCAGGAGACCCGCUACGGAGGCCUGAGACCCAGCAGCAACCCAUGUCUGGGGCAGGGCGCUGGUGUGCCGGGUGGCGCUGCUGGGCGGUACUGGGAGCCCUGGGGCUGCUGGCUGGAGCAGGCGUUGGCUCCUGGCUUCUAGUGCUGUAUCUGUGGCCAGCUGCCUCUCAGCCCACUCCUGAAACCCUGCAGGAUGAGAUGACUUUGAACUGCUCCGAGGCCAGCAGUGAGGAAGCCCUGCUCCCCUCGAUUCCCAGAACAGUAUCUUUCAGAAUAAACACUUCUGAGGACUUCUUACUGGAAGUACAGCUGAGGGCCCGGCAAGACUGGCUGCUGGUGUGCCACGAGGGCUGGAGCUCUGCCCUGGGGGUGCGUGUCUGCAGGAGCCUCGGACAUCUUAGACUCACUCACCACAAGGCGGUGAACCUGUCUGACGUCAGGCUCAACAGUUCCAGGGAGUUUGCUCAGCUCUCUCCUAGACUGGAAGGCUUCCCGGAGGAGAUGUGGCAGCGUAGGGACCACUGUGCUUCUGGUCAGAUCGUCUCCCUCAAGUGCUCUGAGUGUGGGGCCAGGCCUCUGGCUUCCCGGAUCGUGGGCGGGCAGGCGGCGGCUCCCGGGCGCUGGCCCUGGCAGGCCAGCGUGACCCUGGGCUCCCGGCACACAUGCGGGGCCUCCGUGCUGGGCCCGCGCUGGGUGGUGACCGCGGCGCACUGCACGCACAGUUUCAGGCUGUCCCGCCUGUCCAGCUGGCGGGUCCAUGCGGGGCUGGUCAGCCACAGCACAGUCAGGCCACACCAGGGGGCUGUGGUGGAGCGGAUCAUCACCCACCCUCUGUACAGCGCCCAGAACCACGACUAUGACGUGGCCCUCCUGCAGCUCCGCACCCCACUGCACUUCUCAGACACCGUGGGCGCCGUGUGCCUGCCGACCAAAGAGCGGGAUUUUCCGAGGGGCUCGGAGUGCUGGGUGUCUGGCUGGGGCCACACUGAUCCCGGCCACACCCGCAGCUCCGACGUGCUCCAGGACUCCGUGGUCCCUCUGCUCAGCACCCAGCUCUGCAACAGCUCUUGCGUGUACAGCGGGGCCCUGACGCCCCGCAUGCUGUGUGCCGGCUACCUCGAUGGGAGGGCGGAUGCGUGCCAGGGGGACAGCGGGGGUCCCCUGGUGUGCCUGGACGAGGGCACGUGGCGCCUGGUGGGGGUGGUCAGCUGGGGACACGGCUGCGCAGAACCCAGCCACCCCGGAGUCUACGCCAAGGUUGCCGAGUUCCUGGACUGGAUUCAGGACACGGCGGCGCAGGUCCACUAGAUGGAGAAGCAGCAGCCUCAGAUGCAGGAGGCAUGGAUCUCUUUUCAGUGCACAGAAGACAGUCACCACCCACCAGCCGGCCUCCAGGCCACUGUGCCUGUCUCCGUGGGCCCUGAUUUCCAGUCUCUGUGUCUCAGCGGAGGUCCUCAAGGAUGGGAGAGAAGCUGGGACGGGGCUGGGAAGAUGGGGGAGCAGAGGGCUGGGGCACGGGGAGCAGCUGGAGAGGAAGAGACUGUCAGUGGCAGCGAGGAGCCUGCCCUUCUGCCCCAUCCCCUCUGUGGUCCUGUGCACAUCUUUGGGAGGACGCUCAAGCCUGCCCUAGGCCUGCCUUCUCCGAACUCUCAGGUCGGGGAAGUGGCUCCCCAGAGACCCAGACUGGGAAGCUCCUGGGCAGAUGGGGUCAAGACUGGGUCAGCCCAGGUUCAGCCCAUGGAGUCAGGAUCCUCCUCACUCGCUGUGGAUCUCACCUGCUCCCUGCUCUCACUUGGCUCUGGCUGGUUCUGCUGCAGUAGGGCAGGAGACCACUGUAAGAAUACUCUGGUCGGCAUUGGAAUGGUGGGGAGGUUUUAAAAUGACAGUUCUGUGAACUGGUCCAGGACUUCCGGUAUUAAAGCAAAAUAUGGUCUCCGUCUCCUCGUCGCAUUCCCGCCUUCUCUCUCUCUCACGCCCACGGGAAGGUGGUAGUAGAAUAAUUUCCUCCCAUGCAUGUUUCUUAAACCUCUGGAGCUCAUCUCUCUAGUGCUUAUUUAUGUACUUCUUUACAUUUGUCAGGACUUCCCUAGUAGCUUCAAAGGUAAAGAAUCUGGCCCCAAUGCAGGAGACCCAGGUUCCGUCCUUGGGUUGGGAAGAUCCCCUGGAGAAGAGAAUGGCAAUCCACUCCAAUAUUCUUGCCUGGAAAAUUUCAUGAACAGAGGAGCCUGGAGGGCUACAGUCCAUGGGGUCACAAAGAGUUGGACACGACUGAGCGACUACAUUUGUUAAAUCUACGUCAUGAUUGGCAACAAACAGAACGCUCCAGAUAUCCAGGUGCUCUGAUGCUGCAUGUCUGAGGGCCACCGAGUCGGUGCUCCCUCAGGGAGGGUCUGGCGGCCCACAGGACCUAUCUCUCCUCAGCUCUUGUUUCAGGACUGGGUUUUCUGGCUUAGGGAGACGUCUUUCUGAGUUUCUGCCCAGUUAGCAUUUUCCUGGUUAAGCUUCUCCCUGACUCUCUCCUCUCUAGCAAUUAAAAUGCAGUUGGCAUCUUGUUUCUAAAAACGGCAAUGAAUUUUUUAUGGUGCUUACCCAAGGAAAUGCAAUUAGCAUUUAGCAAUAACACAACUUUUUUUCAUGAGUUUAUUAGCAUUUUUUGAGGGGUAGUACAAAUGAAGAUUCAUUUCUGGAGGGUUUGCUUCCUUUGCAGGAAGUGCUUAAAAAAUAAGGGCCACGAUUUACUGUGGUAUCGUCACCUGGGGAAGUUGGUUGCUGGGAGUCUGCUGCCAAAUUGCAGAAGCAACGUGGGAGGGGCCCCAUCAGGUGGGAGGCAGUCUCACCCUGUGUUCUGAGAGCCCUAACCUCCAUCCUCCAUCCUGAGAUCAGCAUUUACUCCUCUGCUCUAAGUCUCCACACAAGAGGCAAUUCCAGGGCAGCCUGUCUCCCUGGGCAGGCACGAGUUACCAGCAAAUCCAUCAGCAAUGGUCUUUUUUGUAUUACUGUGGUCCCCUAUAUUUGCUUAUUUAGAAGGUUUGUAUUUAUCAUAGUCAUUAUUAUCUGUUAAUAAUCAGUAACAUUUGGAUACUACUUUACAGUUUAGCGAUGGUGACUGCAGCCAUGAAAUUAAAAGACACUCCUUGGAAGAAAAGUUAUGACCAACCUAGAUAGCAUAUUGAAAAGCA